AUGAACUUCAACGAGCUCAUCGAGCGCGCUAAGCUGAACACGGCGCGCGAGCAGGCCGAGCACGCCCGCGUCGAGAAGGAGCGCGCCGAGGCCAAGAAGGCGGCUGCAGCGGCCGAGGCGCGCAAGCAGGCCGAGGCCAAGCGGGUCCUCGAGGAGCGGCGGCGGCAGCGCGAGGAGCGCGAGCGCAAGGAGCACGAGGAGGCGCAGCGCAAGAAGGCCCAGGCGCAGCAGAUGCCCAAGACGACCAACCUGUACGCGCUCAAGCAGGAGCGCAAGAAGCGCGGGCUCGACCCGGACGGCAAGGAGGACCACUUGCUCCCGAGCGCCCGAGCGUCGACCAAGUCGUCAUCGUCCAAGGCGAGCUCGUCGAGCAAGUCCAACGGUUCGAGCUCGAAGGGCAAGGAGAAGGAGGAGCCAGUCGGGUUGACGCGCGAGGAGCGAGCGAGGCGCAAGCAGGCCGCCCUCUUCCGCGACGACGAGCCCUCGAGCGGCUCGUUUGCGCUCGCCAAGGCGCAGCAGCGUGCGUCCUCGGCCCGCCCGUCGCCAGGCGCGAGCGACUCGCCCCGCAACUCGCCCGCCCUCUCCAAGCCGUCGACCUCUCGCCCCUCGUCCUCCUCGACCAGCGCCUCGUCCUCCUCUCUCGCCAAGCCCAAGGCGCCCUCUCGCCCUUCCUCCCUCUCUCGCUCGGCCGGCCCGUCGUCCACCUCGUCCGCCGCCGCACCCGUGGCGAGCGGCAGCUCGACCCGCCAGCGCCUCAUGGCCUCGGUCGGCAAGGGCGUCCCGCAGAAGCUCAACACGGUCAAGCGCGACACUCGCACGAUCGAGGAGAUCGAGCGCGACAUGCGCGCCAAGAAGGGCGCUGCCGCGUCGUCGUCGUCGUCGUCGGGCCUUGCGGGUGCAAAGCCUCAGAACGGCGCGAGCGCAUCGUCGAGCAAGCCGGCAUCACGGCGGCGGUCGGCGUCGCCCUCGUCCGACUCGGCGUCGUCGUCCGAGGACGAGGCUCGCAGGCGCGAGCGCAAGCGGCGCCGCAAGGCGUCGUCGGGCGAAAAGUCGUCGCUCAACCACAAGCAGCGCGACACGAUCUGGGAGAUCAUGGGCGUCAAGCGCAAGCAGUACGACGACUCGGACAGUGAGGGGAGCAGCAACAUGGAGGCGACCGGGCGAGACGUGCUCGAGGAGGAGAGGAAGGCGGCUCGACUCGCGGCGAGGGAGGACGCCGAGGAGCAGGAGCGGCUGCGUCGCGCCGCCGAGCAGAAGAAGGCGCGCAAGGCCGGCCUCGCAUGAGCCGCCUCACGCGUACGACGAGUCGACGAGGCGAGCGCUGGCGGACAAGAGGGCGAGGGCGGCGGUGGCGGACGAGGUGAAGGAUGAGGAGGGGGGUUCUCGCUCGCGCUUUGUCCCUCUCUCUCGAACGACCCGC